CCUCAUUUCUCUAAUUCCAUUUCUUUCAUUCAUUCAAUCUUUAUUGUUGAAAUUAGUCGUCGUUCCUUUUUCUACAAUUAUUGUAUCAUAGACCAUGACUUGGCAGUCGAAUCGUAGGCGGCGAGGCAUAGGCUUUGUCACUCUUUUAAUAGCCCUUGUUUUACUCUGCUCCUCGGUAGCAAAAGCCUUUGGAGGAAGCCCUAAAAAAGUUCUCCUUCGAGACGUACAGACGUUGACAUUGCAUCGAGACCGUAUGACAACAGGGAGAAGGACGAGGCCAGUGCCACAACUCAGCUGUACAGGAGGAAGUGCUUGUGGAGAUUAUGAGCCUGAGGUAGUGCAAUGCAUCAAUGCUGGAUUUGAUGGGACUGACGUUCAAUGGAAAUGUGAGGCCGAUUUACCUGAUAACAUGCGCUUUGGAGAACUUGAUGUAUAUUGCGAAGGUUACAAUCACCCUGAUGAUCCCUAUGUUUUAAAAGGAAGCUGUGGAUUGGAAUAUAAACUCCAUUAUACUAAUAAGUUCAGCAGCCAUUAUGGAUCAUGGUCUUCAUCCAAGUUCAAUCAGUGGGCAUCUAAAGUAAGAAGGCAGUCUUGGAUUGAAAUAAUCUAUCUGUGGACAUGGAUUGGCAUUGCUGGGUUUAUUCUUUUUUCCUUCCUGAACACAUGCCUUCAACACCAACGAUCAGGAAGAAAUGAUGAUGCGCCUCCACCUUAUAGACCUCCAGGAUCUGGCCCUCAUGGCGGAGGUGGUGGUGGUGGUGGUGGUGGUUGGGGGAGCGGAUGGGGAAGUGGUUGGGGUAAUAACGACUACCGAUAUAAACCCACAGGAAGUGAAGGUUUCAGGCCUGGAUUCUGGUCAGGGCUCGGUCUAGGGGGUUUAGCUACAUAUCUUGCCACAAAUCGAGACAGACAACGAAAUUAUUAUCCCGGGUACAACACGGGCUAUUCUUCAUUUUCACAGCCUUCGACAUCAUAUGGUUCUUAUUCUGGAGGAUGGGGCGCAGGACCCUCAUCAGCGUCUUCAUCAUCUUCAUCCUCAAGACCAACACGAUCUGCUACAGGUUAUGGCGGUACUCGACGUCGCUGAUCGAUAUAGAUCAUAGUCACCUAUAUUCAACAAUCAUUUUCCAAAUACAGAAUAGUGC